GACAAACUCAAUAGGCAUGGAGGAACGUCAAUGUUGAGCAAUUUGUGACCUUCUCAAGUUAUUCACAAAUUAACCUGUUCAGACUUAAAAAAAAAUCCUUUGCAGAAUGUCGACGAAGCAGGCAUCAGUCCAUGCCAAAUGGAUCAUUGGCAGAGUAAUAGGGACCAAGAUGCUGAAGACAGCCAAAGUCCGUGUUACAAGACUAGUGCUGGACCCUUAUCUGCUCAAGUACUACAACAAGAGGAAGACCUACUUUGCUCAUGACGCUUUACAGCAGUGCACAGUUGGAGAUGUAGUUCUUCUUAAGGCCCUGCCCGAGCCAAGGUCAAAACAUGUCAAGCAUGAAUUGGCUGAGAUAGUGUACAAAGUAGGUAGAGUCAUUGACCCGCUGUCAGGAAAAAAGGUGGCGGGAAGAGAGUUUUUGGAACCUUUAAAUGACCUUCCACACAACCUGGAAGAGAUGACAUUGGCAGAAAAAAUUCAGGCACUUGAUAUCUCUGCUUCCUCCUGUGAAACUUCACCCCCAGAUUCUGUUCCAUUGCAAGCUUCGUGACUUCAUGUUGAUAAACUGGAUUUUUUUUCCCUGUAAUAUGUUACUCUGCAAAUACAUCCUUUAUUUCUGUUCUUGGUGUAAAUAGGUGUUCAUAAAUGUGUACACAUGAUUGAAAUGUAUCACAUAACUUGUUUUAUUUGCUCCCUACUCAGGUAGGUGGAAUAGACAUUUCUAAAAAAAAUUGCAAUAAAAUGAUAAGGAAUGACAUAAGUAGCUGCUGCGUCAUUUUCACACAAACGAAUACAUGGUCCAUGGAAAGCACCUAUGCUUAUAGUGAGAUUUAUUGAACAAGGCCGAGAUUAUAUACUCUAUGGCAAGUUGCUAAGUACCUGGAUGUGAGAAGCCUCAAUCAUUAAGGCUGGGUCCUUGGUCGGCGUUGUUGGCAGUUCAUCAAUAAAUUAGGAUAAAAGAUUGCAAAAAAAAUACUGGCAAAUUAGCACCAAUUUGUCAGUAUUUUUUGCAGUCUUUUAUCCUUCGUAUAAUUAGUUCCAUGAGGAAGGUAUACCUGCAUGAUAAUGUUAUGUACAAAUUAAAAUAGUUUGGGUGGGUGUCUGCUUCAUUGGGUUGAUAUUGUAAUAAUUCCAGAGGCAGUUCACUUGUGAUAUUGUCUAUUGAAAGUCAAACUAAGCUUUCACUCCUAACUGGUAAUAAAGGAACCAUGAGAAACAACCCAGUGAAUGUCCAUCACACACUCAUCAGGAUCAAUGCACUUGCGCUGCCUGAUUACCGUCAAUCCACAGGAAGAGGCGAAAUCGUGCUGAUAUUUGACGUUGUCGUGGAAUUUACCAAUGCAUAUUGGAGAUGUAACAAACAUGUUGAAAUAAACCACGUUGACUACAUAAUGCAUUCUGACUGCUUAGCAUGCCGCGUCAAAUGUAGAUGAUAGUUUACAUCAUAAAUUGUAUUCUUUGAAACAACUCUGUUAU